AUGAGCAGCCAUUUUCAAUCCUCCAAUCUAAAUUCAUUGCCUACACCUGACGUCCAAAUCCUCACUUCCAAUGGCCUCCGAAUCCCGGCUCACACUGGCAUUCUGGCCUCCGUUUCGCCUGUGAUGGAAAAUAUCAUAGACAGGCCUCAUAAACACCAUAGCUCCGAGAUAAUCAUUCCUAUCCCCGGCGUUCCAUGCGAGGCCGUUUCUGCUUUCAUUCAAUUCCUUUACUCCUCAAGGUGUAGUGAGGAGGAGUUGGAGAAGUAUGGGAUCCAUCUUCUGGCAUUGUCACACGUUUACUUGAUCCCCCAGUUGAAGCACAAAUGUUCGAAAGCAGUUGGUCAACGGUUGGCCAUUGAGAAUGUGGUAGACGUGCUUCAAUUGGCUAGGCUCUGUGAUUCACCGGAUCUUUAUCUCAAGUGUAUGAAGAUGAUGGCUAAUAGUUUUAAGGCUGUAGAAAAAACAGAAGGGUGGAAGUUCAUGCAGGAGAAUGACCCUUUUCUUGAGCUUGAGAUUCUCCAAUUCAUUGAAGAAGCUGAAUCAAGGAAGAAGAGAACAAAGAGGCAUAGAGAGGAGCAGAGAUUGUAUAUGGAGCUAAGUGAAGCAAUGGAUUGCUUAGAGCACAUAUGCACAGAAGGGUGCACAACUGUUGGUCCAUGUGACUUGGAACCUAGAGAAAAACGGGAUCCGUGUAACAAGUUCUCCAUAUGUGAAGGUCUUCAGCUUUUGAUCAAGCACUUUGCCGAGUGUAAGAAUCGGGUUAAUGGGAAAUGCUCAAGGUGUAAACGGAUGUGGCAGCUUUUAAGACUUCACUCAUCAAUCUGUGACCGAACUGAUUCUUGCAGGGUUCCACUUUGCAGGCAAUUCAAAUUGAAAAUGCAACUAGAGAAAAAAGGAGGUGACACGCUGUGGAGAUUAUUGGUGAAGAAGGUUGCGUCUGCCAGGGCCAUGUCUUCUCUAUCGCUCCCCAAGAGGAAAAGAGAAGAACAAAGGGAGACAAUACAUGAUCAUGGUAUUAGGAACUUUAGGCUAUAA